AUGUAAUGUAAACGAAUCAAAUUUAUUGAGUGUUUUAUUUUACCGUUUUACCAAUCAUGGAAUAGACCGGUCACAUGGACGGGUCAUGUGACGAUGAUGAAGUUGCUUUUGUUUUGACACACAUCUUUCAUAACUGACUUCUGGAUUCACCGAUUCAGCAUUUACAGACCAAAAAGAUGGACAAGACAGUCUUGAUUUCCAUGUUCGUGACAUUCGUCACUUCUAAUGAAGUGCUGAGAUACGAACCUCAGAACUCUAUUCCAGUUAUGCAGAAACCGGCGUUCUGUAACAACCUUGACUGUCCAGAAUUCACUGUUGUCAAGUCAACCAAGGAGUACGAGGUAAGAGACUACGUCGACACAGACUGGGUGUCCACCAAUCAGCUUAACAUGGAGUACAGGAAGGCCUCGACCACAAACUUCAUGAAACUUUUCCGAUACAUCAGUGGGCAGAAUGACAAAAAACAGAAGGUUGCUAUGACAUGCCCAGUGGUGACGAGAAUCAUCCCAGGACAGGGGCCAGCGUGUGAAUCCAAUUUCACCAUGUCAUUCUUUGUGUCCCCUGAUCAAAAACCAGCCCCGAAACCAACCAAUCCAGAGGUGUUCUUGCAUUCCGUCCCUAAGUUCAGAGCUUAUGUGAGGCAGUUUAGUGGCUGGGCCAUGGACUACCCUGUGUGGAGGGACGAGGCUGUGAAGCUGGGGGAAGCCUUGACCAAGGAUGGACUGGAGUUUGUCACGGAAACCUGGUGGACUGCCGGCUAUGACUCGCCCUUUAAAGUGCUCAACAGGCACAAUGAGGUCUGGUUCUUGGCCAAAUAGACUGUUGAAGUGUUUACGGAGGCUAUGACUCGCCCUUUAAAGUGCUCAACAGGCACAAUGAGGUCUGGUUCUUGGCCAAAUAGACUGUUGAAGUGUUUACGGACACAACUGAAUAUUUCUUAAGAUUUUAUUCUUGCAGUAUGUCAGGGAUCUUUUUCAUCGUUAUUUUGCUGUUUUGAAUGGACAGUUUCAUAAAAUUUUUCAUUUUUUUUUCAUUUUGCUGAACUGAUCAAAGUUUGUUGAAUCUUUCUAAGAUGUAUGGCUUAUUUUUUAUCAACAUGUGAUAAAAAUCUCAUCCCUGACUUUUGUAAAUAUUCUUCAAUUAAAAUGUUUGUACUGAAUUUUCGCUUCCUGUGAAUGCUCUGUACCAGGUGCAGCAUAGUGUAAUGGGUUUUUACUUUUCAUAUGCAAUUUUAUUGAUAUGUGAUCUAAGUUUAGCACAUCAAAUGUGACAGUUUUAGUUUAUCCAGGUAAUGUUGUAUUUAAGAUUGUACUAAUCUUUGCUAAGAAUGAUUAGAAACUGACCAUUAAAUGUUCUUGUCAUUUUAUGCCAUGGUAAUAUGCAAUUUUGAUAGUGCAUGCAUUUGAAUUCCAAUGAAUCUGUAUUUGACUUCAAAUCAAUCUGUAUUUGAAUUCCAAUGAAUCUGUGUUUGAAUUCCAAUGAAUCUGUAUUUAAAUUCCAACGAAUCUCAUAGUUAUUUGUAUCUUGUGUUAAUUCUAUUGCAUUUGAUCAUUUAUGAAACAUUUGUGUAAUAAAUUUGUUUGAAAUA